AUCAAUUGUGACUCACCAGUCGGAAAUUCCUGGGUCCGCCACUGAUUAUAACAAUAUACUUCAUAUGAUACUAGAAUACAACCUUGUCUAAGAUUAAAAUAUAUCAAGAAUAAGACCAUGCAAAUUAUAAGUCCAGCCACUUCAAGAUUCUUUACGUCCAGCAGCCCUAGAUGGCCAUAUUCCUUAGAAGAUUAAAGCUUUGGCUUCAUUAUAAAUACCUACCUUGUAAAACAUACUUAAGAUAGUAAAUAAAAAUAAGGAAAAAAUAAAAUAAAAAUGAGGCUCACUUCGUCCUCUUUGAUGCUUCCUCUUAAGGCUCAUCCUAAUGACCCUCGUUGGUCAAUGUUAUGGAAAUGAUAAGCUAAAGGUUGGGUUUUACAAUGGGAAGUGUGGAGCACACAAUAUCGAGGAAUUCAUAUUUAAAGUUGUUCAACAGAAGAUUAGGGAAGAUCCUGAUAUUGUGUCUGAUCUUAUUCGUCUAUCAUUCCAUGACUGCUUUGUUAGGGGUUGUGAUGCAUCGAUUUUGCUCGAGGGAAAACAUACUGAGCAAAUGGCACGAGUAAAUAAACGUCUUGGUGGAAUUGAGGAUGUUGGUGAAAUAAAGAAGGUCGUGGAGAAAGUUUGCCCAGGAGUUGUCUCUUGUACAGAUGUUCUAGUUAUAGCUGCUAGAGCUGCUGUUUUCUUAGUAAGUUAGUUUUAUUGUCACGUAUUUGGUUUUUAUUAUCUUAUUUUCCCACUUUUGAAGUACAACUACUUAUAAAGUUAAUUAAUGUAAUUAAGUGAUUGUUUGUGUGAUUAUUAUAUGAUUAUUAUAUAUGUAAUGUGUAGGGUGGAGGAAAAUGGUAUGAAGUAGAAACUGGAAGAAGAGAUGGACGUGUAUCUUUAAGCAAAGAAGCAGAAGCAAUCCUUCCACCUCCAACAAUUCCAGUUCGCAAAGCCAUUCAAUUGUUUGCUAAAAAAGGGCUUAAUAAGCGUGACUUUGUUGUGCUU